GGGGUUGGUAUAUAUAUGGCAACCCCGGAGGUCCUCCGCUUACAGUCUACCAGUGAAAGUGAAGAUAUGAGGGUAAUUUCAGCGGCGUUAGUUCUCUUAGGCCUCGCAGCGUCCGGCCUUGCGCAAAAAGAGGACUUCAAAUGUCCCGACGACUACGGCUUCUACCCUCACCACCUGUCCUGCGAUAAAUACUGGAAGUGUGAUAACGGCCAAGCCGAACUUAAGACUUGCGGCAAUGGGCUCGCCUUCGACGACACCGACCCCAAGUACCUGAAAGAAAACUGCGAUUACCUCCACAACGUCGACUGUGGCGACAGGACACAACUCGAACCACCAGUACAGACCCCCCACUGCCCAAGAUUGUACGGAAUCUUCCCCGACGACGCCAAAUGCGACACAUUCUGGAACUGUUGGAACGGAGAAGCCUCCAGGUACCAAUGUUCUCCCGGUCUCGCCUACGACAAGGACGCCCGUGUCUGCAUGUGGGCCGACCAAGUCAGCGACUGUAAAGUCGAAGAAGUAGCAGGAGGUUUCAACUGCCCCACUCCGUCAGAGGUCCCAGCUGCUGGAACCUUCUCCAGACACGCCCACCCCGACGACUGCAGAAAAUACUACAUCUGUCUCGACAGCACGCCAAGGGAAUACGGCUGCCCCAUCGGAACCGUCUUUAAAAUCGGUGAUACCGAAGGAAACGGCUCCUGCGAAGACCCCGAAGACGUUCCCGGAUGCGAGGAUUAUUACGGGGACGUAGACCUCAAAGCCCUGAGGAAAUUAGGCCUUUGAAAAGAUGAGUGUCGCCAAUUCUCAUGCUGCUAGUCCACAACAAAGCGUAGGGCCUUAAAUCAACGCCCUGUGCCCAAAUCCAUAAGAAGAGGGUUACAUAUAAUUUUGUUUUUCACACAAAGGGAAACGACUUUAUAACAAUUUAUUACCGUAUCGACUACAAACAAAUGAACAAAAAAAGUAAUAAGAGUUUAUGUUUGUUUUUUAUAAGGAACGUCAACUAUAGUUUGUAAAUGUUUAAGUUAAAAAAUAAAUAAAUAUAAACAAGCUGUUUUUUU